AUGGAGCCAUCGCUGGGUCGCUGCCGCCGACCCCUGCUAAUGAAGUGGAAGGAGAAGGGAAUUAGCCAGCCAAGCGUCCUCGUGGACAUGGCAGCCAUCUCGGCAGAGCCCCAUCCCUCGUCCACCUACAUCCGACAGCUGGAGACCAAGGUGAAGCUGCUGGAGGGUGACAAGCUCCUCACGCAGCAGGCAGGCUCGGGAGAGUUCCGGACGCUGCGGAAAGGCUUCUCCCCAUACCACUCGGAGUCCCAGCUCUCCAGCCUGCCCCCCUCCUACCAGGACGCCCUGCAGAAUGGCCCCGCCCGCCUGGUACCCGAGCUGUCCUCGCCCCCCUCCACCGGCUACAGCCCCGCAGGACAGAAGCCCGAGGCUGUCGUGCACGCAAUGAAGGUCCUGGAGGUGCAUGAGAACCUGGACCGGCAGCUCCAGGACAGCUGCGAGGAGGACUUGAGCGAGAAGGAGAAGGCCAUUGUCCGGGAGAUGUGCAACGUGGUCUGGAGAAAGCUGGGAGACGCCGCCAGCUCCAAGCCCUCCAUCCGGCAGCACCUGUCUGGGAACCAGUUCAAGGGGCCUUUGUAGGCCUUUCCUCCGUGGACAUGGACUGACCCUGCCCGGGGCCCCCGAGGGGGAGCAGCAGGCCCUCUGGCCGAGCUGCUAUCUUCUUCUGUGAUGAAUUGUACAUAGGAUGCUGCCUGCUGUGGCUCAGCGGCCGUGGUGCGCCCCCUGCUGGCCAGGCCUCCAUCUCCCACAUCUCACACCAGCAAACUGGGAAGGCGAGAAGCCGCCCGCUGCCCCCUGCAGCACAGGGGCCCCGACAGCCUCACCCUCACCCUGGGCCCAGGCUUCAGGCUCCCUGGGUGAGAGCGGAAGGCUGCUUUGAGACGCCCGGCCCAGGGGCCGUGCCAGGCUGUGCCCAGCACCUCAUCAAGCCCUCCAUCACCUGGCUGCCCGGGCACUGGACAAAGGCCCCUGGCAGCUGACUCAGCGCAGGGGCUCCACUUUCCAUCCACCUGCUAUGGCCUGAACGCUGGCUCCCCAAGCACCGAGUCCCGUGAGCCAUGGACAGGGAGGCUCCUGAGGCCCUUCCUUCGGCCCGUGCCCAGUCCCUGCUGCCAGCUGCCGUUUGAUUUUAGAGUUCACCCUUUCCCCCUUCAUUGUCACCUUGCCCUGUGCUAGGUGUGCCCUAUCUUUUUGGGACCAGUGCCUGAGGCAUCUCUGUUUCCAUGGUUCACGUGAUGGGCCAGGAACACAGGAAGGCCGAGUGCAGAGUACCCGGGCUGAGCUGUACGUAUCCCUCUCCAGAUGGGUAGCACUGGGUCACAUCUGGGCCCCUGGUCCACUGUAGUGUCUACCUGAGCCUGGCUCCAUCCUCGGUCACUGCAGACAGAGCUGUGUGGCCGCAGUGACAGGAGUUCUGCCCUCCUUGAAAGGAGCCUGACUUGGCUCUGGCUUUAAUUUGCUGCGUGACCUUCAGCAAGUCACUCAGUCUCUCUGGGCCCCUGGUGCAAAGUGAGGUCGCAGAGC